CAUUUAACGGUUUGAGAUGGAAUCUACACUAGCAAAAGCCUGGGUCCCCACUCAGACAGUUCGACCACGUGUCCGGUAUCGAGAUCCUUGCUACAGCACGGUACCGAGCCGUCACCCACUCGUUCGAACGUGCCUUCUGUUUCGAGCCUUCUAUUCCAAGAAUAUCUGUUACUACUAUCUGUGCAUUGCGGCAAUCGCUGGCACAGAAUCUUAUUCGGAACUUAGCGGAUGCCGCACUAUCUUCGCUGGAAGGCGGAGAUCUGGAUCAGCAGCGGCAAGAGAACUCCGCGGUAUCGAUGAUGGCGUCAAUGGACGAGUCGCCGCGGAAUCGCCGGAGUUCGUCUUCUUCGUCAAGUUCUGGUGAAGUGUCGUUGGAAAUCGAUCCUGAAAUCAGGAGUAGCUGUGAUAGCAAGGAAUUGGAGACCAGUGCUGCUACUUCUACUGCUGCUGCUGCUGGUUUAGUAAAUAACGGAGACACUGGUUCGAGUUCGUCUUCUUCAUCAAGUUCCGGUGAAGUUUCAUUGGAAGUGGAUCCUGAAAUCAGGAGUGGCUGUGAUAGCAAGGAAUUGGAGACCAGAGAGGCCUGUGCUGCUACUGCUGUUGCUGGUUUUGUAAAUAACGGAGGCACUGGUUCUCCAGGAACUUCUGGCAGGACUUCACGUGAGGUAAAUACUUUGCAUAUGGAUGUGCCAAGUGUUGACAAAUCAGAACCGACGUCGAGUCACCAUAAGUUAGAAAAAUCAAAAAGUGAGGCAAAUACUUUGCAUAUGGAUGUGUCAAGUGUUGACAAAUCAGAACCGACAUUGAGUAAGUUAGAAAAAUCAAAAACCGAGAGGCAGAGACACAAUAUACUUGCUGGAGAGGCAGCCCAAAUUUUUGACAACAAGAUUUCUGUCCGGCAGAAGCUGAAAUUGUUGAACAGAAUAGCUACCGUGAAGGAUGAUGGAACUGUGGAAUUUGAGGUUCCAGGAGAUGUGGAGCCGCGAGCUCUUGAUACUGGAUCUGGAUCUGAAGAUGUAUGUAAUGCAGUUGUUGAUGAUGGGCCUCUGGAUGCGACAGACUUUCAAUACAUACCACCAAUUCAAAUAGUAAUACUUAUUGUUGGUACCCGUGGAGAUGUUCAGCCAUUUAUCGCGAUUGGAAAAUGCCUCCAGGAUUAUGGACAUCGUGUUAGACUAGCUACUCAUUCAAAUUUUAAGGAGUUUGUCUUGACUGCUGGGUUGGAGUUUUAUCCUCUAGGCGGAGAUCCAAAAAUCCUUGCUGGACAUAUGGUAAAAAAUAAAGGCUUCUUACCGUCAGGGCCUUCUGAGAUACCUGUUCAACGAAAUCAAAUGAAGGAAAUUAUAUACUCUUUACUUCCAGCUUGCAAAGACCCUGAUAUGGAUACGGGUAUCGCUUUUAAGGCAGAUGCAAUAAUAGCCAAUCCUCCUGCAUACGGGCAUAUCCAUGUGGCAGAGGCACUAAAAGUUCCCAUUCAUAUAUUUUUCACAAUGCCAUGGACGCCAACUAGCAAGUUCCCACAUCCUUUGUCCCGUGUCAAGCAACCUGCCGGAUAUCGUUUGUCAUACCAAAUAGUUGAUUCGUUGAUAUGGCUGGGAAUACGGGACAUGAUAAAUGAUCUUAGGAAGAAAAAGUUGAAACUACGGCCUGUUACAUAUCUUAGUGGUUCACAAGGAUCUGAUUCUGAUGUGCCGCAUGGAUAUAUUUGGAGUCCUCACCUUGUUCCAAAACCUAAAGAUUGGGGACCUAAGAUUGAUGUGGUAGGAUUUUGCUUCCUUGAUCUUGCAUCAAAUUAUGAGCCUCCUGAAUCACUCAUCAAAUGGCUUGAAGCUGGUACAGAGCCUAUCUAUAUUGGAUUUGGUAGCCUUCCUGUUCAAGAGCCUGAAAAGAUGACCCAGAUCAUUGUUGAAGCAUUAGAACAAACUGGACAAAGGGGAAUAAUUAACAAAGGGUGGGGUGGCCUUGGUAAUUUGGCAGAGCCAAAAGAUUUCAUAUACUUAUUGGACAAUUGCCCCCAUGAUUGGCUGUUCUUACAAUGCAAAGCAGUGGUUCAUCAUGGUGGGGCUGGAACGACGGCAGCUGGUCUUAAAGCAGCGUGCCCAACAACUGUUGUACCUUUUUUUGGUGACCAACCUUUCUGGGGAGAGCGAGUCCAUGACAGAGGUGUAGGCCCGGCCCCCAUCCCAGUUGAUGAGUUUUCACUUCCCAAGUUGGUUGAGGCCAUCAAGUUUAUGCUAGAUCCCGAGGUGAAGAAGCGUUCGGUGGAACUUGCCAAGGCCAUGGAGACAGAAGACGGGGUAAAUGGAGCAGUGAAAGCUUUCUUUAAGCAUCUUCCUCGCAAAAAGCCAGAGCCUGUGGCUUCACUAGAACAUUCAAGCAUUUUCUCCUUUAAAAGUUGUUUUGGUUGUUGUUCCUGAAUCAUACAUUUAUUUGCCUCCUUGUCCUUCCAUGUUUCCCUUUCUGGCUAAAUACAGAUCCAGCUAUAUAGCAUGCUACUAUGGAAGGUGCUUCCUUAUUAAAAAGAAUGUGGUACGUCUUUUCAUUAGUAGAUUCCUGUGCCACAGAAUGUUUCCUCGAAUAUUGUAGGUCAUCUCCUUAUUUAUUGUAGUGACUAUACAUUUAAUUAUUCAUCCAAAAACAAAGAAAAUGCUUUAGACCCUCAA